AUGGUUACUCCCUUGAACGACGACGAAAUCAAGACCUUUGUUGACGACCUAGACCACAACAACGACGGCCAGAUCGACUAUUCCGAAGUGGAAGCAAAGCUCGACGCCGCCUACGAUGAGCUCCAGCCGGACGAGAACGACAUUGAAGCUCGACACGACCGCCAUGCAUUCCUCCGCUCCAUCAUUGGCUCUGAUGCACAGCGCAUCCCACGCGACCAGUUCGUGCAGCGGGUGAAGGAAUGGCAGGUCCCCUCUCUGGAGCAGGAGAAGGACGAGGAGCGACUGCAGGACGAGUACAUCAAGAAAAUGGGUAUCGGCAGACGAUUGCGCAGCUACUGGGCCGUUCACGGACCAUCGAUUCUCUUUCUCUGCAUCGUCGUGGGCAUGAUGCUUGCAUUCGGCAUCUGGCAGCUCGUCAAGUACCUCGGCCCAGCGUACAGCGGCGCGCUCGGGUGGGGCGUUGUUGUUGCCAAGACCUGCGCUGGUGUGCUGUACCCAACCCUGUUCUUCCUACUGCUGUCCAUGUCACGUAUCUUCUCGACAGCUAUGCGCAGCUCGUACCACCUUUCGCGCUUCAUCAACUGGGACCUCUCGCAGGCGUUCCACAUCUACAUGGCCAUCUUUGCAACCUUCCUCGGCACGUUGCACGGGAUCGCGCACCUGACCGGCGACUUCAUCUGGAUCGCGAACGCGUAUCGCCCGCAACAGCUCGAGAGCCUCCUCGGCCCCAAGCCCUGGACGUACCGCGACUUGAUAAGGUCGCGGCCAGGCAUCACUGGCAUCAUCGCCCUGUUCUGCUUCUACUUUAUCGGGCUGACCUCGACCCCGUGGCUGAGGCGCAAGAACUAUGAGAUCUUCCAGCUCGGCCACCUGCUCAUGUACGUCAUCAUCGGCUGUCUCAUGGCACACGGCACGGCGGCGCUGCUGCAGUGGCCGAUGCUAGGGUACUUUCUGGCUUUCCCGACGCUGCUUGUGCUCAUCGAGCGCGUGCAUCGUCUCGCGGCCGGAUUCCACUCGAUUCAGGCGCAAAUCCGGACGCUCGACUCGGAGACUGUCGAGAUCAAGGCCACGAUUCUGCCCGCCCGCAUCUUCAAGCAUCGCUACUGCGCCGGGCAGUAUGUGUUCCUGCAGGUCCCGGAGCUCAGCUUCUUCCAAUGGCACCCGUUCACGGUCAGCGCCUGCUCGGGCAACAGCAUCCAGCUGAACAUCAAGACGGACGGGAAUUGGACGAAACGUCUGCGCUCUCUCGCUGAGCAGGGCGAGAUCAGAAUCGGUAUCGAUGGGCCUUACGGCGCGCCGGCGCAGCGGUUCUACGACUUCUCGCAUACGAUCCUUGUCGGGUCCGGAAUCGGCUUCACACCGUUCUCGGGAAUCCUGGCCGACCUUCAGGCUCGCGAGGAUAAACGGCACGGCGGACCGGACGACAAUAUCGAGAAGGUUACUAGCUCUCGGCGAUCAAGUGACAAGAGCCGGUCGCGCUCCAGCCUCUUCCUGACGCGCACCUUCUCGAACAAGUCGAGCAAGUCGGACCGCGCACGGAACCCGACCCCGCCCGAGUUUCCGGACGACUACCGCCGCGUCGACCUGCACUGGGUCGUACGCUCCCGAAACCACCUCGGCUGGUUCACGGACUUGCUGAACUCGGUCUGCAGGAGCCAGGACUGGCAUGAGGAACACGACGGUCUCGCCCACCCGCACCUCGAUAUUCGCAUGCACACGCACGUUACGCAGAAGCGCGAUCUCGUGCCGCACGUGUACCGCUACCUGCUCGAGAAGCACCGUACGAAGGAGAACCCCAAGUCGCCCCUGACAGGCCUGACGAACGAGACGCUGUUUGGCCGGCCCGACUUUGAGGCCAUCCUCGACCAGCAUUACGAGGAUAUGCGCCGGUAUCGCGCGCAGCUGGACGAGGACUGCGACGACCGCGUCAAGGUCGGCGUCUUCUUCUGCGGCGCGCCCAAGGUUGGCGAGAUUCUCGCUGAUCGGUGCCGGCUGCUGACUGCGCGUGGGAGAGAGGACGGGUCCCGCAUCGAGUACUACUUCAUGAUGGAGGUGUUUGGGUGA